AUGAUUUUACCCCUUUAUCAUUUCCUCCCUUCCCUUCAUUUCCCCCCACCCACCCAUUUCUGGCCCACCCAUCCAUUUCUGGUCCACCCAUCCAUUCUGGCCAACCCACCCAUUUCUGGCCCACCCACCCAUUUCUGGCCCACCCACCCAUUUCUGGCCCACCCACCCAUUUCUGGCCCACCCACCCAUUUCUGGCCAACCCACCCAUUUCUGGCCCACCCACCCAUUUCUGGCCCACCCACCCAUUUCUGGCCCACCCACCCAUUUCUGGCCCACCCACCCAUUUCUGGCCCACCCACCCAUUUCUGGCCCACCCACCCAUUUCUGGCCCACCCACCCAUUUCUGGCCCACCCACCCAUUUCUGGCCCACCCACCCAUUUCUGGCCCACCCACCCAUUUCUGGCCCACCCACCCAUUUCUGGCCCACCCACCCAUUUCUGGCCCACCCACCCAUUUCUGGCCCACCCACCCAUUUCUGGCCCACCCACCCAUUUCUGGCCCACCCACCCAUUUCUGGCCCACCCACCCAUUUCUGGCCCACCCACCCAUUUCUGGCCCACCCACCCAUUUCUGGCCCACCCACCCAUUUCUGGCCCACCCAUUAUUUUCUGGCUCACCCCGUGCGCUUCUCUUCUCCCCUGUAUCAGCAUCGCCGCUGGCAAGGCAACCAGGAAAUUACCCUACCACCCGUAACCCUGUUCCCCUCCCUUUGCCACAUGUGGCAUUCUCUCCUGCGGGGCGCUGUGAAGUGA